AUGAGUGUGAAUACCGUUGGUACUCCUAGAGGGCCACGGCAUGGUCCACACACCCUCACUGCAUCGCAUAGCUACUCUAAUAUGCCGAUUCAGAUAAAGGCAGAUUAUAUAACAAAGCAAACAGACGUUUCCAAAAAAAGUACAGAUAAUCUUCCAACGUUACCAAAAUCUCAGGGAUCUAAGCGAGCUAUAUCACCAACAAGCGAGAAUUUAGUCCUUUUACUAAAAAGGCUGAUGUUAACAGACAACCAAGAUCAUGAAAAGAGAGCGCUCGUUCUAAAUGCAUUAUAUCCAUUCGUUACACAGAGCUUAUUGAGAUUUAGUACUGCUUCUAUUGAUCUUUUCUAUCAAGGAUUAGCAUUCGUUAUGGAAGCACCACCUCCUUACGCUGAACCAUCUGUUUAUUACAAAAUCAUCGUUUUUCCAGCAAAAAGACAUACAACUGAUAUAUCAUAUGCUUAUGGAAUACUUCAGAAGUUAAUACCGGUUUUUCCAAAAAUAAUUCCGCCACGACUAAUUAAAGCGUUAGUACGACGGCUAUCAUCGGCAUCUGUUAGCGACAGAGAAACUGCACGAGAUAUGCUUAUUUCUCUCGAUUCAAAUUUAUAUUUUCCAAUAAUUUUAUCUAACAUAACAUCCAUGUUAGUCCCACCUCCAGUUCAUGGGAUGAUUGUCAUACUUGAAACGAUCACAAAGAUUUUAGAUGGAUUUCCGCAAAAUGAUCCAAAAUUACCGACAAACCCAUUGUUCACAGCAAUAAAACUCAUACAUUUUGCAUCACACUAUGCAACAUUCUUUGAUCCACUUAUAAAUGUCCUUAAAUCUUUAUUCAAAAGAAAUGAAAAUUACGCGAUCGAAAUGAGACCGUUUUUAUUGAAUCAUUGGCCUGUUGAAGACCCUCCUAAAUGUGCUUUAUUCAUGAAAGAAGCUAAGAAGAUAUGCAAAAUCGGUCCACCAGUAGAUUUUGAUGUCUGGCAGAAAUAUUCAAGUAGAGCAAGUUCUAUUUACAUGCCAGUUGCGAUAGAGAGCCUUAAGUUUAUUAAAAAGACAAUACCUUUUAUAGGAAACAAUAAUAUUCAGGAAAUAAGAUACCUAGUUGAAGCAGCUGCAGAAGAACACUGGUGUGAUAUUGUGCAGGAAGAAGCCCAGAAACUUCUUCCUCUCCUUCCUCCAGCAGAGCCUUUGCCGCCAAAGAAAAUUCCUAUCAAUACAUGGAUAGAUCUAAGAGAGAUCGCCAAACAGAACUAUCCAGAAGAAACAUUUUCACGUGCGCGUGGAAGAAAACCUCGUUAA